AUGCAGGACAUCCAGAACAUCACCGCGCACGAGCGGCAGAUACAGCAGGAGCAGCGGCUCCAGCGCGUCUCGGCUGAGCUGGCCCAGCUCGUGCCCGGCGUGCGCGGCCGGAUCCUGGAGCUGUGCAAGCCUGUCGGCGAGCAGUUCAACGUGGCGAUUAAUGUGGCGCUUGGGGGGUUCAUCGACGCCGUCGUCACCGACACGCGCGAGUCCUCCAAGCGGUGCAUCCAAUGCUUGAAGGAGCGGUUCCUCGACCCCAUGACGUUCCUGCCCCUGGACAACCUGCGAGGGCAGCCGCCGAACCCGCUGCUCACGGAGGCACUGCGCAACCGCGACGGGUUGUGGCCCGCGCUGAAGUGCGUCAAGGCCAGGACGGGGUGCGACCGCGCGUUCGAGUUUCUCCUGGGCGACGUCGUGUUCGCGCGCAGCCUGCCCGAGGGCCGCAGGUUUGUCUUCGAGGAGCUGCGGGGCAGAGGCAUCGGGUGCAGGCUGGUCACGCUGGACGGCGAGACGAUCUCCAGGGACGGCAACAUGGGCGUGAACUCCGAGGCCGCCCGCCACGGCGCCACGCGCUUCCACUUCACCGGCCUGGUGGACGGCAAGGCCAAGCUGGAGGCCAUAGACCGGCAGCUGAGCGAGCUCCACGCCAAGGGGUCCACCGGCACCUCUCACCGGAUGCAGCUCCAGGAGGAGCAGUCCCGCUUGGAGGCCCGGCUCCGCGAGGGCACCCAGGCGCUCGAGAGGUGCCGCGGGGACCUGGCGCGUCAGCGGGAGCGGCUGUCGGAGAGCAGGCGGGCGGAGCAGGCCGCGAGGCCACAGGCGCAGCGGCUCCGGGAGGAUCUGGGGCGCCUGCAGGAGGAGCAGGGCCGGCUGGAGGAGGGCAUCGACCGCGCCGUGGCGGUGCACUUCGCGGAUCUCAGCAGGGAGAUGGGCGUGAAGGACAUCCGCGGCCGCGAGCGGGAGUGGCGGCAGGACCGCGAGAAGGCCUUGGUGGCCGAGGGCAGGGCGUCGCAGCGGCUCGGCGCGAUGGAGGCCGAGCUGAAGAUGAUCGAUCAGAGCAUCAGCGAGCAGCAGUCCCGGGGCACCUCCGACGCGCUCGCGAGGUACAGGACGGAGAUCAGGGAGCUCCAGGACCAGCAGCGCGAGCAGACCGGCCUGCAGGACACGGCCAAGGAGCAGGUGGAGGCCCUCGAGCGCCACCUGAAGGAGUGCCAGGAGAAGGAGGGCGCCUCGGACCGGGAGGUCGCCCUGCGGCGCCGCGCCCUGCGGCAGGCCGCCGACAAGCUGGCCGAGGCGGAGCACGCGGCCAGCGCCGUCGCGGCCGAGCUGCGCGGGCUGCAGGACCGGCGGCGGGAGCUGCUGCGCCGCAGCGUGCUGGAGGACGUGGACGUGCCGCUGCUUGGCGGCGGGGGGCGCGAGGCGUUGCAGGACGCGGUGGCCGCGGCCGACGACCAGGGACCACGGCCCGGCGGGGCACAGGCCAGGCGCCAGAGGGUGGGAGUAGAGCAUGGGUGA